AUGCGACUCUUGAAGGCCUCGGAAAUAGCUCGACGUGCUGCACAAGCACUGAAAGACGCGAAACAGACGGUCACCGUGAAGAAGAAAAAUCGAUCGAAGAAAACUCCAUUUGAAGGCGGCCAACAGAUAUUCAUCUUCUCGCACAUCCAAAGAAAUUUGGUCGCCUACUCUCUCUCUAGAGCUUUAAAUGCAUGUCGCCGCAACAAUGAAACCCUUCGCUUUAUCCCUUACAACGGGAAAAAAACUGUUCCGUCAGCGCUCCGGAAAGAUCUAUGGUCUCCAUUUGCCACGAUAAGUUUUCCAAAGGGAUGUGGCAAUAUCGGUCGCUCAGUCUUUCAAAAGCUACGUGAAUAUCGACGACGGCAUGAGCAUGAAUGGGGCGAGGAAAUCACCAAAAAUCCGGAGAAUGGGUACUUUAUUGCAAAAAAGAAGCGGGCCCGAAAGCUAUGUGAUCAAGUUGCAAACUCUGUAGCUGAUAUGGCAUAUGUAUUGGGAAGAUUGGACGUCCGAGGACCCGACAACAGCGGUGAAAAAAAAGACACAUCAGCCCUCAGCACCACGACACCAAGCACUCAGAAUAUAUCGGAACAAACAAGCAUAGUUUCUUCUGAUAACAAGUCAACAUACGAAAAUAUUGGUCUUGUCGGUGAAGGUACCGGAAAGCUCGUCCAGAUCCAUUGGCGAGACAUUAGAAUGGCUGAAUUUGCCCAGAGUUGGUCCAACAAUGUUGAACACGGCAUACUACCAUGGCAGAAGAAUUAUCGAGACAAUGAUAUUGCAAACGCUAAAAAGAAACUACGUAAUGAAGGAAGUUUAAUGAAACGAGGGCAAGGGAAAGAGAAAAAACGAGAAAGAUCGUAUGCAAAGCAGGUGACUAGGCAGCAAGAAGACGGUCGUACAGAAAAGGUACUGGCUUAG